UUCAUAAAAUAUCGGGAUCCGUAACACUGUAAUAGCAUUUAAUGUGUGAGAGUUGUGUCUUCUGGUGGGUGUUCAUCUGUUUGUUGGAUUUCCUUUAUUACAAGUUUCCAUUCUCAUUGGAUCCAUAAUUUCAGACUUCUCUCACUGUCAUGAAAAACACACUCCUCUCUCAGAGUUUCACUCUUCCAAGUGUUUGAUAGAUAUACGGAUAUAUCCGUUGGGUAUUAGUAGGUGAAUGGUCACAAGCAAAACUUCCACUCAACAACUUUGUUCUUCUAAGAGUUGAAAGUUAUAAUGAGUACCAGAGAAAUCAAGUCACCUGAAGGUUUGCCAGAGACACCAGCAAGUUAUGAUGGAAACUCUGAUCAAAACAGAGGGAAGAAGCUUGGGAUGUUCUUCAUGGAAUCUGAUAAUCGAAGGAUGGCUUUUGGGAGAGGAUAUACUGGAGGAACUACUCCUGUUAACAUUCAUGGAAAACCCAUUAAGGAUCUGUCAAAAACUGGUGGUUGGAUUGCUGCCUUAUUCAUUUUUGGGAAUGAAAUGGCAGAGAGAAUGGCUUACUUUGGACUUUCUGUUAACAUGGUGGCUUUUAUGUUCUAUGUUAUGCACAGACCCUUCUCUAGUGCAUCAAAUGCAGUCAAUAACUUCUUAGGGAUUUCACAAGCAUCCUCCGUUCUUGGCGGUUUCUUGGCCGACGCUUACUUGGGUCGAUACUGGACUAUAGCCAUUUUUACAACUAUCUACCUUGGGGGUUUGACAGCAAUAACCUUGUGUGCAACAAUGGACAUAUUUGUACCAAGCAAGGAUGGCUGUGAUCAGCUCUCACUGUUAUUAGGAAACUGUGAGCCAGCAAAGCCAUGGCAGAUGCUUUACCUAAACACAAUCCUUUAUGUGACCGGAUUCGGAGCUGCUGGUAUAAGGCCCUGUGUUUCUUCUUUUGGGGCUGAUCAGUUUGAUGAAAGAAGUAAAGAUUACAAGUCUCAUCUGGACAGGUUUUUCAACUUCUUCUAUCUAUCAGUCACUAUUGGGGCAAUUGUUGCCUUCACCUUGGUAGUAUAUAUACAGAUGAAACAUGGAUGGGGAUAUGCCUUUGGUACCUUGGCCUUAGCUAUGGGUAUAUCAAAUAUGUUGUUCUUUCUUGGAACUCCUUUGUACAGGCACAGGUUGCCUGGAGGCAGCCCCCUGACCAGAGUUGCUCAAGUUCUGGUCGCCGCCUUUCGGAAAAGAAAAGCGUCUUUUUCAAGCAGCGAGUUCAUAGGUCUGUAUGAGGUUCCCGGUAAACAUUCUGCUAUAAAAGGUAGCAGAAAGAUAGCUCAUACAGAUGAUUUCAGGUGCUUGGACAAGGCAGCUCUGCAACUGAAGGACGACGGUGCUGCUCCGAGCCCGUGGAAGCUCUGCACCGUGACACAAGUAGAGGAAGUCAAGAUACUGAUAAAACUUAUUCCAAUACCAGCUUGCACAAUAAUGCUAAGCUUAGUCUUGACAGAGUACUUGACCCUCUCAGUGCAGCAAGCAUAUACUAUGAAUACACAUAUGGGUAAUCUGAAACUACCAGUAACAUGCAUGCCAGUGUUUCCUGGACUCAGCAUAUUCCUUAUACUAUCCCUCUACUACGCCGUGUUUGUCCCAAUUUCCCGUCGCGUUACCGGUCAUCCUCACGGUGCUUCUCAGCUUCAAAGAGUAGGCAUUGGACUGGCAGUUUCGAUCAUGUCGGUUGCUUGGGCUGCCAUCUUUGAGAGAUUCAGGAGAAACUAUGCAAUUCAACACGGAUACGAGUCCAUUUUCUUAACCGCAAUGCCAAACCUUAGUGCAUAUUGGUUGUUGAUCCAAUAUUGCCUUAUUGGAAUAGCAGAAGUUUUCUGCAUUGUGGGAUUAUUGGAAUUCCUCUAUGAAGAAGCUCCUGAUGCAAUGAAGAGUAUAGGUUCUGCUUAUGCCGCUGUAGCGGGAGGUUUGGGCUGCUUUGCUGCCUCUAUAUUGAACACCAUUGUCAAGUCAGUGACAGAGAACAAGGAAAAGCAGCAAUCAUGGCUGUCACAGAACAUAAAUACUGGAAGAUUUGAUUAUUUUUACUGGAUUCUUACAGUUCUGAGUUUCAUAAAUUUCUGUGUUUUUCUAUAUUCCGCGAAUCGGUACAAGUACAGAUCGCAGCAGAAUUUUGAGGUGGGGGAACAAGUGAUUCCUAGCAAACAAAACACACCCAUCAAGGGAUAG